GUUGGCGUUGUCCGCCAGAUCAACACUCCGCCCUUGACAGGGGGGGCUCAGGCGCGAUGGGCGUGUUUGGCAGUCCACGUGGCACAGACGGGACGCCCAAAGAGAUUUUGGAGCGGAUAGAGAGGGAGAAUUGUUGCUCCUCCUCGUCCCUCCACGCAUCAACACAACAGCAAUGGCUCCCAAGGCACGGCAAUGGGAGCAGAUGAGCGAGAGUGAAAGCGAGGGGGAGUCAAGUAGUGGAAAUGGCAGCAGCGCAGGCUCCCAUCAGUCAGGCACCUCAUCAGAGGGCGAAGAGGAAGGAAGCCGACCUACGUUCGCGCAGUUCCAAGGCGAGAGUGACCUCGAGGAUGACGAGGACAGCGAUGAGGAAGAGGACGAAAGUGAGAGCGACGCGAGCUCGAGGCAUGAUGAGGAAGCAGAUUCAGACGAUGACGGGCGCCAGACGGAGGCUCAGUUGCGCAAGCAAAUGGCAUCCGUGCCGUUCGGCGCUCUCGUCAAAGCCCGCAGCAAGAUGGCAGCCCGCGACGACGACUUCGGCGAGCUCUCCGAAGAGGACGAGUGGGCAGAAGAUCGAGCUAGAGCAGCGGCAGCGACAGCAAAGAAGUCACGCUCACGGCCAGCCGCUGAUGAGGAUCGACGCAAGCAAAUCAAGGAACAGUUGGCAGUGCAGCGAGGCAGGCGCUCAACUGGAGGGGACGAGGACGGCGACACCAGUGGUAACGCUCGCCGAGAACAUCGCGAUCUUGCACAUCGCACCAACAAGCACGCGCCAGCCGAAAUGUCUUCUCGUCGCCCAGUAUCCCGCAAGCGCAGCGUCGUCGAGGCGGCCGGACCUUCCUCCUCUUCGCUGCGCGACCCGCGCUUUUCUAACCUCAGCGGCCCGUCAGUAAACGCCGGCCUCUUCGAAAAGAACUACGGCUUCGUCAACGAGGCACGUUCGCAGGAGCUCUCCACGCUUAAGCAGACGCUGAGCAAGCUGCGCAAGCUUGAAGCGAACCACGCGGGGCCCAAGGCUACCUCGAAUGAGGCGCUCAAGAUCCGCGAAGAGAGAGCGCAAGUCGAGCAAGCGCUGAAGAGACAGGAGGCAAAGGAGGCAGAGAGAUCACGCCGCCAGAGGGAGAGCGAGGUCAUGCGCCGAUUCAAGCAUGAGAAUGAGGAAAGGGUCAAACAGGGAGGCAAGAGAUUUUACUUGAAGGACUCGGCGAAGCGCGAUAUGAUGUUGCAGGACAAGUUCUCGAGGUUGGCGAGUGGCAAGAAGGGCACGGCAGCUCUAGCAGAGGGUGGGACUACCCCCGCCUCGUCUUCCAGCAAAGCACUGCGCAAGGCACUGGACAAGAGGAGAAAGAAGAAUGCCGCAAAGGAGCGCAAAGCAUUGCCCUUUUUGGAGGCAGGCAGGCGUGGUGCUGGGCAAGCGGAUGGAGGUGAGCGCAGGCGCGACGGACCUCCGCCAGCAAAGAGGAAGAGAGGGGUGCGAGGGGGUGGGUCCAAGUAGAGGAAGGCAAGCAGCGACUGUACAAUAUAUCCCGUCACCCUCGCCUCAUCGUGUAUAGCUUUGAGUAGCGUGCUACAUCGUCUGCAGGCACGCAGCAAAUGUAGACAUUGUCGGCGAGCCACGCAAGGACGAUGUCGUCGUCUGGCGCGCGGGGUGGCUUGCUGGCCAGAGUGAUGAGCUGGCGACACGGAGCGCACGGGUCACGGACGUAUGAGCUAAGCUGAGGGGAGCGAGAUGGCAGGUAUGAACAUUGCACAACGUGAGAAGCAAA